AGGCGAGCCGCUCUCCGCCGAGUCGUCCCUUCGUCGGCCCAGGAUCUGGAUCCUGUACUCCGCGGAUCGGUACUCCGGUACUGGUUAACGUCGAUCGCGAUCCCGCGAGAGCUCGCGUUCGCGGCCCGCUCGCGACUUCGCGAAAACGCUUCGGAAACGGAAGCGAGGAGGCUUGUACGACGUCAAACGAGAGAAUCCGCAGCCUCGUACUGUGUUUACAUCUCCCGAAGGGAUACCAAGAUCUGACAUCUCUGCGUGACUCACUCGUGGGUAUAACAGAGAGAGGCAGUUAAAUCCGGGACGGAAAUCGCGCGCAUCCCCCAAAUAAGGGGCAUCAGCGAUUGAUCGUAUGUCAAUUUUGGACAUCGUCUUUCGCAUUCUCGAUUUCGUGUGCUUUGUAUUUAACACGGUUCGUCGUGUCGAUGUUAAUAACGGACCAUCCCCGAAGUGAUUACGAUACAGUGGUAUCCGCGCGUGAUUCAUAGCGAUCGACUCGCGACGCGUCAACCUUCGUCUCGAUUUUUACGACCUGCACCGGUGUUUCGCAGGUGGUAUCAGAUUCGUGCGGAUUCGUUCGCGCGCUACCACGCGAAUUCAAUUUGAUUUCGGUCCCGAGCGCGGCCGUUGAUGCCCCGCGACAAGUGCGUUAAAGUUGCUUGAUGACUGACUUCUAUCAAAUCUUAGGGUGAUAUCUAAUUUCGGGAUGCGAAUGGUCGCGACGACGGUUCCCCGAGUCGUCGACGCUCAGAUCACGCGAGUGCCGCGGAUCUAACGUCGCGCUUUUGCGUCGUUACCGCUUAAGACGGCGACGCGCUUGAUUUAGAUUCUGAAGACGACGUGCAGAAACAUUCGCGUUGCGAACGCCGAUGACGGGGCUCGUCGCUGCUGCACGGGAUGAGAGCAACGAUUUCGAUUUCACGAGGGGCGAUCACGCUCCAUGAUAAUCUACUGCAGCGGAACAACUGGCUGAGCUCCUAGUCGGCGGGGACCAUGGCGAUUUUUCGGCCGGACAGCAGCGUAAACGCGAAAACGUGACCAACUCGCAGAUGAGGAAAACUUCGAUCGUGAACGGCGGCUACCCGAUCGUAAUGAGAGCGAGCGAGGGGUCUGAUAACGCCUGAGGAGGGCAUCCACGAGUAACCGCGCGAAGCGACAGAACUGCGGCGGGGUGAUAACGAUGGGCUCCUUGCCGAAUCUUCACGAACUGUCCAAGGACAAGCUCGGGAGCCCGGUGUACAAACCGGCGCCGAUCGGCGGUCUUGGUCCGGCGCGAUUGCCGGCGCAGCCACCACCGCUGGCGCAUACGCAUAAACGUGCAAGAAGUAGCGGGCAUCAUCAUUCUAUCCUGUGCGACAACGAUGCCAUGCUGGAGCAUAUGGCAGCGUACUCGCCGAUCUCCUGCCGGUCGACGCGCACCUCGGCACUAUCGUGGCGGCGUCGCGAUUCCAUGAACUCGUCGGCGGGUGCGUCAUCCGUGCGCCGGUUGAUCGCGGCGGUCCGUGCGGCCCCGUCCGGGCCCAGACCACCACGUAAGGUCGUGUUACGCCACAUCGCGGCCCUUCUGCUCGGCCACGCGAGCUGCUCGGCUGCCACCCUGCCCAUCUUCCCGUUACAGGCGGGUUUAGGCGCGUUCGAGCCCCGUUUGGGUCCGGUGCUCCUCGCCUAUCUCUACGUGAUGGCAGCCGCCACCAGCUGCUUCGCACCCAUCGUCGUGCAACGGCUCGGCACGAACCUCGCCGUCAUCGCGAGCCACGUGGUCACUGCUAUCUUCGUCGGCGUGCAUUUGUAUCCCAAAUGGUACAUACUCGCACCCAGCUACGUGAUGCUAGGCUGCUGCGCCAGUUCGAGCUUCCUGGCGAGGACGUCGCACAUCAACGUGUCCGCGACCAGCCUGGCGCUGGUCUGCGUCGAUGGUCCCGAGGAUCCCGAUGAGUCGCGGCGCGAAUGCCUGCUGAGAAGGCUUAACCGGGGAAUCAAGCUGGCCGAAGACAUCGGCCUCGCAAUUGGUUGUCUCAUCGCCGCGAUCCUCGUCAGACUAACGGACCUGAUACCGUCUAACAUAGGUAACACCGACGUUUGCGGGGCCGAGUACUGUUCGGAGGAGAUGUACUUUUACAACGAAUCGCUUUACGUGCCAACGAUCACGACCGGCACCUCGAGGAUCCUCGUCAGCAUUUGGCUCGGCUUGGCGGUACUUGGUCUAGGCAUAUCCUGCGCGUUCCUGGACUCCAGGCUGCAGGAACCUCAGACAAACCACAAUCGCGCCAGCGUCAAAGACAUCUUCAAGACCGUGAAAUGCGCGUUUCAGGACCCGAAGCUUCAGCUCGCAACGCCACUCACGCUCUUCAUCGGGCUGGAACAGGGCUUCAUUUAUGCCGAUUUUAUGGAGGCAUACGUAGUAUGCGCCCUAGGCGGCGCCGGUACGGUGACCUUAAGCUUCCUGGCUUUGGCUCUGUUACAAGCUCUGGCCGCCGCGACGCUCUCGAUGCUGUUGAGGCACAUUAAAAGGUACUUUGUCGUGGUCGUGGGUUUCGCUUUCCACGCUUGUCUUCUGCUCGUUCUGGUGACCUGGAGACCGACGGGAGACGACCCGGCUCUCUUCCACGUCAUAUCAGCUGCCUGGGGAGUUUGUAACUCUAUCUGGGAAACUCUGGUAUACACGUUGGUGAUGGGCCUGUAUCCGAACGCGUGGCAGGGACCGCUGUCGACGUCGCUGUUCUGGCGUUGGCUCGGCUUGACCCUCGCGCUCAGCCUGCACGGUGCGGUGUGCACCCGUUAUCGCGUGCUAGGCCUCGCCCUGACCCUGGUGCUGGCGGUGGUGCCGUACAUGUGGCUGGAGACUCGUCUCGCUCGCCGCAGCAAGACGUUGGCGCCCUUAUGA